AAGGUUAUGAGCCGCGGCUCCGGAUAGACCAUGCUCAUCUCUCAGCAUCAGCAGCGCCGCUAUAUAACCUGAGCAUCCACCACACAAGCAUCCAGAAAAUAGCGUGUCACCUCGCAAGAAGGGUUAUGAGAGCACAGUAACGAGAGAUACGGCAAAAGGUUUCGACAAUGACAAAAUCCUACACAGACAAGAGCAUCAUGCCGGAGUCCCAAAGUACCUCUAACUGGACCGACGAAUGCCUGAGCUCUCAAGACGAACACGACAUGGAAAAGAAAAAUGACGAAGACCCCAUGGCUCAAGACGACGAGGACGACGAUGACGAGUUUAACAGACUGGAGGACGACGAGGAAGAAGACGAAGAAGAGGAGGAUGGAGAUGACCAGAAACCUAAACGACGAGGGCCCAAGAAAAAGAAAAUGACCAAAGCCAGGCUACAGCGUUUUAAACUUCGGCGCAUGAAAGCCAACGCGCGAGAAAGGAACCGCAUGCACGGACUCAACGACGCCCUGGACAGCCUGCGCAAAGUUGUCCCGUGUUAUUCCAAAACGCAAAAGCUCUCCAAGAUCGAGACCUUGAGGCUGGCGAAGAAUUACAUCUGGGCGCUUUCGGAAGUCCUAAGGUCAGGUAAAAGCCCAGACUUGAUGGCUUUCGUGCAAGCCCUCUGCAAAGGCUUGUCGCAGCCCACGACAAAUCUGGUGGCCGGGUGCCUUCAGCUGAACCCCAGAACUUUCCUUCCGGAGCAGAGCCAGGAAAUGCCCUCACAUAUGCAAACGGCCAGUGCUUCCUUCCCGGUCCAUCCGUUCUCCUACCAGUCUCCCGGUCUUCCCAGUCCUCCGUACGGUACCAUGGACAGCUCCCACGUCUUUCACGUGAAGCCGCACUCGUACGGGAGCGCGCUCGAGCCUUUCUUCGAGAACGCGCUCAAUGACUGCACGAGCCCUUCCUUUGACGGACCCUUGAGUCCACCUCUGAGCGUCAACGGGAACUUCUCCUUCAAGCACGAACUGGCGUCGGAGUUCGAGAAAAAUUAUGCCUUCACCAUGCACUAUCCGGCAGCCCAGGGUCACGCUUCCCUUUACGCGAGCUCUGCCCCUCGGUGCGAAAUCCCCAUGGACAGCAUCAUGUCGUACGACGGACAUUCCCACCACGAGCGAGUCAUGAGUGCCCAGCUCAAUGCUAUUUUUCACGAUUAACGAGGAAAAAAAACAGAAAUAGCACGUUGAAGAACCCAAUCAGACGUACUCAGUGACUGUCUUUUCUACGCGUCCUCAAAUUGAGUACCAUCGCUACAAAAGUGCAAAUAUACGUUUAUUUUGAAGUAUGUACUUAAUGUUGUUACUGCCUUGAGGAGAAUCGGGGGUCCCCAGUCCCAUUCCCCUUAUGUAUUAUAUGUACUCUAUAUAGCGCUUCUAUAUCUAAGCCACGGUCUAACGGGAAAAGAAGAAUGGUGGCACUAUCUGAUCCAUUUAACAAAACCGCAAGCAAUAAUUAGGAAUCUAUGCAAUUUUUAAACAAAUAUGGGCCAAUUAAAAUAUAUAUAAAAAAUAUAUAUAUAUAUUUUUCAACCAGCAUUUUACUACUUAUCUUUCCCAUGCUGAAUUAUUUUGUUGUGAUUUUGUACAGAAUUUUUAAAUGAACUUUUAUAAGGUCGAUUUCCUUUUUUAACCCAUGCAGCUCCAUCAAUAUUUUAUAAUAAAAAGAAGUUAAAAAAAAAAGAAAAGUAGAAUUAUGUCUAAUUUAUAUGAAAAAAAAAUUUAAAUAAUCUAACCAGCAGACAAGUGCUUAGAAAUCUAUUCUGUUGCCUUAGCACUUCUUUACUGUAAAAUCAUGCAAGCUUGCACAGUUCUAUUUUAUUCUCCCACAAAUUUAUGUUGGUCUUUGGUGAAAGGAGGAAAUUAAAAACUUGUAUCCGAAUAAUAAUAAUAAUAAUAAUAAUAACAAUAAUAAUAAUAAUAAUAAUAGUAAGCUCUGUCCAAGGACUAUUCAUGCCUUGCACCCUAUUCUUGCUGGGAUAGGCUCCAGCUUCCUGGUGACCCUGCUCUGGAUAAGCGGGCUUAGAAAUUUGAUGAAUGGAUGGAAUGAUAAUAAUAAUAAUAAUAAUAAUAAUAAUAAUAAUAAUAAUAAUAAUAAUAAUAAUAAUAAUAAUAAUAAUAAUAAUAGUAAGCUCUGUCCAAGGACUAUUCAUGCCUUGCACCCUAUUCUUGCUGGGAUAGGCUCCAGCUUCCUGGUGACCCUGCUCUGGAUAAGCGGGCUUAGAAAUUUGAUGAAUGGAUGGAAUGAUAAAAAUAAUAAUAAUUAAUAAUAAUAAUAAUUCUUUGCAUUUAUAUAGCGCUUUUCUCACUACUCAAAGCGCUCAGCAAUUGCAGGUUAAGGGCCUUGCUCAAGGGCCCAACAGAGCAGAGUCCCUAUUGGCAUUUACAGGAUUCGAACCGGCAACCUUCCGAUUGCCAGUGCAGAUCCUAAUAAUAAUAAUAAUACUAAUAAUAAUAACAGCAACAACAACAAUCAUCAUCAUCAUCAUCAUAUUAUUAUUAUUAUUAUUAUUAUUAUUAUUAUUAUUAUUCCUGUCCGGGAACGGCUCCUGCCUUUCACCCUUUGCUUGCUAGGUUAGGCUCCAGCCUCCCCACAAUUCUGCCCAAGAUAAAGGGGGUUUACAAAAUGAAUGGGUGAAUGGAUAAUAUAUAAUAUAAUAUAAUAUCGCAGUGGUAGUUCUGCUGCUUUGCAGUAAGGAGACUGUGGAAGAUUGUGGGUUCACUUCCCGGUUCCUCCCUGUGUGGAUAGCGCUUUGAGUACUGAGAAAAGCGCUAUAUAAAUGUAAUGAAUUAUUAUUAUUAAUAUAAUAUAAUAUAAUAAUAACAAUAGUCAUAAUAGUAAUAUCUGAUGCACCCUCUUCAGGUAUUGUUCCUGCCUUGGUCUUUAUGCUUGCUGGGAUAGACUCCAGCUUCCACGUGACCCUGCUCAGGAUAAAGUGGGUUCAGAAAGUGGAUGGACGGAUAAUAUUAAUAUGGGUCUGAGAAUGUUAUGCUCUAUUAAUAAUGCCAUGAAACACAGGAGACUGAUAGGAGAUAAUAAUACAAAUAAUACCCUACAGCCUCAAACUGGACUGAGAGGGUUUUAUUAUUAAUGGUUAAUAAAUAAUAAUAAAACUAAAUUGCACCUUCACUCUUAAAAAUGCUGGUUCUAAAAUGGCACUUUACUGGGCUGUGUGGUUCCAUUGCUCGAUUUCAUUCUGGGAAAGGUGAUCUGCGAAUGAAGUUGCCUCUUUGGGCUUUGAAAAAGGACUAAACAAAAAUCUUUUAGUGUAGUAGGCAGGAUAGUGACAGAUUUUGAAAACCUGAACUUAUCUUAUGUUAUCGUAUUGAGUAAGAGUUCCUUUUAAAAAUCCUAAACCCAUUGGUAUUUCACAAUUCUCUAGUGUCUGUUCAAGGUUAAUUAUGGAACCCAUUACAGAUUUAAAGAAAGGGUUCUUUCCGGACCCUUCUCAUGGACCCCUCUUUCCCGCUCUGUACAGCCAAGCUGGCUCUUUUAUUUUUAAGAGUGUUGUGUUGGUGCGUGUUAUCAAUGGCGCUAUAAAUAAAGGAUUGCUUGAUUGGUUAUAAUCACACAUAUAUCUGAAAGGCAUAUGGAGACCGUAAUUGCACAAAAGGUUACGAUAAAACUAAAUGCCAACAUCUUUGUGACGGCAAACGCUGCUUGACUAUCAUAUAUUUUUGCACUGUUUCUUUUCUUUUCUUUCUUUUUUUUGUUUUUCAUUUUUUUUGUUUCUGUGUUAAACAUACGUUUGCUUUUUCGGCUGCCACUCACCCUGAUGUAGAAAACAGCUUGCCCCCCGAAUAAUUAACUGCAUGAUUCUGCGCUGGAAAGAAUCGGUGGCUUCAUGUAUCAAAACACGGAGCCUGCAGUUUUACGCUAUUACGUUAUUGCAAAUUUUCCUGUAGUUGUUAGGUAGUACGCUAGUCAAAGAGAGAAAGAGGAAUGAAAAAAUCUAAGGAGAAAAACACCAACGCUCACGCAAACGACUCCAUAAAUAGAUCACUAGUUAAUGCAUGUAUAAUGCAGUUCAGAAAAAAUACUUUUAAAAAAGUGCUGUUUGAAGUGUAUCUUGCUGGUUCAACUUGAAUCAAUUUGUACUGUACUUUUGUUUGUAAUCCUGUAUAUUAUGAUGUAUUGCCACAACGCAUUUUGGGAUUUCUAAUAAACAUCUCUGGACCAUUUUUAAAAAUAGUAUUGGACAUUUGGUAAAAUGUUGCAUUUCUCUUUAAAUGUGAUUUUCUUAGUGUUAUGUAAUUCCUAUGGGAUUAUUGUUUAUUUUGAUAGCUCAUAAAAGGUGCAAAAAUUUUAUUAUUUGUAGAAUAAAAGUAAUUAUCUCGA